UUUUACGAUCCCUCGUUAGCCCAUCGCUGCUAAGUAGGUUAAUGAAAAACAGCGGCGCAGCUUAGACUUCAGAGGAUUUACCUGCACCUCAGGCUGGGGGAGUUCGCACAGAUGCGUCGCUUUUAGCUGGAAAUAACUUCCUGUCGAUGAUAAAAUUGUCUGAGGAUGCACUCAAACAGGUCAGAGCACAGCCACAGGCGGCAGUACAGCCAGAGAAGUUCAAGGCAGUGGGAUGAAUAUGACAACAGAUGGGAAAAACGGCGUGAACCUCCCAGAGAUGUACCACGGGAGUCCUGCCACAAAUAUGGUGGGGAUGGGCACAGCAGUGCAGAGAGGACAAGAAGCAGAGAGUACAGUGAGUCGCCGAAGAGGCUGUACAGCAAAGAUGCACUGAACAGAGACUGGAGCAGGAAGAGCCCAGCGAGGAGACGCAUGUCUUCACCCAUCUGGGACCCCUCUGAUAAGAAACGGCAGAGGUUUGCAGACGAUGAUGAGCGGGAUUACAGGCACAGGCGUGAGCCUCAGGAGAAGACUCACAGGCCUUCACCGGACAGUUUUUCACGGUCACAUGUAAGCAGGAAUUUUGAAGAUGCAUCACCACAAGAUGAGGAUUUCAAGUACAGGAAAACACCUCAGGACUCCAGACAUGGGCAUCGGCAUCGGCAGGAAGAUCUCCCAUACAGGCAGCUAAAUGACGAGUUAGCUUACAGACGGCUGCUGGGGUCUCACAAAGAUGGAGGUGAAUACGAGAGGAACCGGGAUCCGUCGCAAGAGCGGGCACAGUCACAAGAGCGGAAUUACACCAACCCCAGAGAGAGGACCGACAGCUCGUUCACAUCCUUGUAUGAUGAGGAUUAUCGCCAAGAUAGAAUGAAAUAUCUGGUGAAUGGCUUAAGUGGACAGUCCUUUGAGAGUGAUGCACCCGUUCCUGAACAUAAGGCAACCAAAGGCUUCCAGCGUUUCCUCGAAGUGCUCAACAAGGGGGUGAAUGUCGACGUUCUCACCAAGAUCGUCACUCAGACCUCUACGGAAGACGACGAACAGCCCAUUUCUCAAACGUUAUUACCGAGCCCUGUCGAUCGUCCGUGGUCUCCCCCUCACACUGCUGGGAGGAGUCAGGGAAGCCGCCAAGAUGACAGCUUUUGGAGUGAGAGCGAGGGGUCCCGCAGCCUGGCUUCUCCACAGAUUGAUCACAGGUCCCACAGCCCAAAAAGGUACCCUCUGUCUGAUGAAAGGCCCCUGCAGGGGAGUGACAGCAGGGAAGCCUUCCACAACAGAUCCAGGUCCCCUCUGGUGGUAGAAAGGGUUCCACUGCCACCUGAAGAUGAGCAUAAGCGCAGGCAAAUGCAGGAUGUGCUGCAGGCCAUUGGCAUGGAUUUGGGAUUUGAAGAGCUUGGCCAAAUGUCUCAUAGAAUCCAGGAGCGGCUCUAUGGGAAGAAGGAUGGCGACCCGGGCCGUAAAGUUGGGAAGGAGAGGGGCACAAAGCGAGCGUAUUCUCCGAGACAUCAAAGUGGAGCAUCAUCAUCAUCGAGCAGAUCUAGUUUUAGCCCCUUAAAUCAGAGUUACUACUCUAAAAAAGACUCGUACAGUGCUGAGAAGGAAGUAACGGAUGUGCAUCAAAUCUACAAAUCUGCUGAGUAUGGCCGUAAGACGAGCAGCAGCUCUUUACAGGACAGUGUGAAGUGUGAAAGGAAAUCUCAGGAGAGCGCUGCUGCAUUACAAGCAUUUUCUCCAAAUUCCACAUACCCCGUAUCAGAACUUCCUCCUGCUCCGGUGGUGCCGGGGUACCCUCCCGUCAACUGCUCACCACUACCGUACCCACCUGUCCCGCCAGCUGUACCUCCAGCAAUGCCCCACGUCCGGCCCGGGAUGAUUAUGCCUCAUUUGCCUCCCUUCUUCCCGUAUCCCGGCAUCCCACCUAUGAACAUCUAUCCAGCCAUGCUCCCUCAAGCGGGGCAAAUGUUCCCACAUAACAUUAAUCAUCCACAGCUGCCAAUGUUCAACCAAUCCAACGUAAGCGCAGUUCAGCCAGUGAACACAAUGCAAAAAUCCAAACAGAUGGCAAGGCCCCGCUGUCUGCAGGUUAUUGACACCAAGCAACCUGGAUGAAGGAGGCUGCAUUGGGGGGGUGGGGUGAGACUUUGAAACUGACUGUUGGAAACCGAUGGGCCUUCAGGGAGUCUUUUAGCCACAUCACACGUUUGAAACAUCAGAAAAAAUCUGUUAAAUAUUUGCAAUUAGCCAGGCCAGCAGCACCUAAGGGAGCAUCACAGUGACAUUAACAGCUACUGUAUCAUUCGUUAACUGAAAGACUGUAGGUGGUGCUGGAGUACUCUUUGGAUCUCAGUCUGCUCUCAUACCUAUAGCGCAUGUGCUGAUCAGCCACAACAUUAAAACCACUGAGAGCCGAUGUUACUUUGACACCCGCUUAAACCUUGAUGCAGACCUGGCACGGGGCUGGUGGCAGCAGUCUUCUCUUGUAGGACAGUGCAGCCCGUAAUACUACAAGAGGUACUGAGCCAGCCUCCGAUUCUGGAUCAGCGUGAUUCACGGAGGCUCACAGGACCCAAAGGAUCUGCUGUAGCUCCCUGUUGCAGGCAGCACAGGGCACCUCCACAGGUCCCACCUGGUUUUAAUGUGGCUGAUUAGCUUAUAAUAGCCAGAUCAUGCUGGGGGAAAAACACUGAAACUGUCGAUAAAAAUGUGUUAUUUUGGUAAAGUUUUACUAAAAUUUGAUGUAUUUUCUUUUUGUGGACGUUAUAUUUGUCUUUUUGUAGGAGACUUUGUGUUCAUUUAUUAGCUUCAAGGCCAUACCUACAACUACAAGAUGUGCUCUACACUUCUGUCUCCUUACAUAUUUUCUUAUUCUGUAAACAUUAAAAUUUGCUCUAUAAAUAUAGAACUGGAUACUAUUAAACAUAAAGCAAAGAG